AUUGACACUUGACAUCUCAUAUUUUUACAUCAUUCAAAAUGUUUCUUUCAAGUUUUCGCAUGAUUUUAAGCAAAUAAUUGCUAUUACAAAAUUCUAGUGUUUCCAAAUUUUUAGUGGAAAAUUUGAUUCUAUCAUGCGGGUAAGCCGCUUAGAUGUCUUAUAUAGAAAACUUCUUUUAUCCAAAUUUUUUACAAAAGGAUGGGGAUCACCUGAGAAUAUGCAUAGGUUGUUCGAUUUCAGGCACAUCAUUUCUGACAGAAAUUCUUGUUACAAGUUAGUACCAAAAGAUUUUCCUGUUAAUGUAAUAAAUAUAGUUAGAAGGUCAGAUUGUAGAAUAAUAGAAGGUACAUUUAGAAGCCCUUUUGCUUUACAUUUGCCUGGUUUGGUACCUGAAGAAGUCCAAGAUUGUUAUUUUCAAAUGGUACUUCCUUUAAAAUGGAAUAGUAACUAUAAACCAAUAUGCAUACAUUUGGCAGGAACAGGUGACCAUUAUUUUUGGAGGAGGAGAACUAUGAUGGCUGAACCUCUGUUAAAGAACGGAAUUGGUGCUAUAAUUUUAGAAAAUCCUUACUAUGGAGUUCGAAAACCCAAAGAUCAGAUAAGAUCUAGUGUUCAUUAUGUUUCUGAUAUAUUUGUAAUGGGUGGUUGCCUGAUAUUAGAAUGUUUAGUUCUAUUAAAUUGGUGCGAGAGACUUGGUUUUGGUCCUCUUGGUGUUACUGGGAUUUCAAUGGGAGGCCAUAUGGCUUCUUUGGCAGCAUCCAAUUGGCCCAAACCUUUAGUGCUAGUUCCCUGCUUAUCAUGGUCUACUGCAUCCUCUGUUUUCACCGAGGGAGUAAUGAGUGAGUCUAUAGACUGGGAAAUGCUACAAAUUCAAUAUGAAACCAACAAAUUGUACUGUGAUACUCUCUCUAAAAGGUGUAAAAUUGUUGAUAAUCCAUUUGCAUGUGAUUUAAGUCGAUCUGUACCAGGUAAUGCUUUCAUUAAAACAGUGGAAACCAAAGUAGAAGCAAAAGGUGCAUUAGAUCUUCCUAUACACCUAUUCGAUGAUUUAAAUGUAAGGAACAUAACACCUCACCAAUUAAUACAUUUCUUAAAUUGCUCAACAAAUUGCCGUGACAUAACUUACAAAAUAUCUAGUCAAACAAAACAAUUACUGGCAUCUAGAGAAUUCGCACUACUCAAUUUAUUGAAAGAACCACCCCCUAUUGGAUAUAGUAAAAAAACUAGAGAAAUAAAACGUAGAACUAAAGAAGCAUUGUGGUUCAUGAGAGGAAUAAUGGAUGAAUGUACUCAUUUGAAAAAUUUCUCUGUCCCUUAUGAUACAUCUUUAGUAAUAUCUAUAUGUGCAACUGCUGAUGGUUAUGUUCCUAGGAGUGGAGUAUCAAAUUUAGCAGAUAUAUGGCCAGGGGUAACAAUAAAGUAUGUCGAUUGUGGACAUGUCGGAGCUUAUGUUUGGUAUAGAAAAAUAUUUAGGGAGGCUAUUAUAAGUGCUUUUGAAUUAGCAAAGAAAAAAAUGGAACCGCCAUCACCUUCAUUGUAUGAAAUAUGACUGGAAUUAGAGAAUUAUUAGACUAACAACCACUAUAUGUGCCUUCUUUUUACAUACCUGUAAUAUAUGUACAUAUUGUAUAUUAACAAAUCAUAUGAAAUUUGUAAUAAAUUCCUAAAUAAAAUCGAUACAUUCAGCUA